AUGAUGAUUUUACAAGAUACAUAUCGAUGUGCAGGGCGGUUUGACAAAUUACAGCAAUACUUUGAAGCAGUUGCGAAGAAAACCCCUAAGGAUGAGCAAUUUAUUAGAGAUGUUUGGUUUGAUACUAUGCUAGCUGUUGGUGACUUUAAAGGACAACAGAAGGCAGCAAUGGCUCUAAGUACAUUGGGAAAUAGAAAGUACACACUGUGGGCGAUAUCAUGCAUUUACAUGUCUUUAAAAUUUUCGAAUGUUACCGACGUUGAAAAAACAUUGUUUCCCAAAUUGGCACUGGGCUUAUUAAAGAAAACCGAACCAGUUAAGUCACCUCAGGAAGCUUAUUUAAAGUGCUUGAUUUAUGAAAUCAAUAACCUGCCUAAUGAUAUUAUACAUUAUUUACAAACUGAAGAAGUGCGAAACUGGGACUCCCUUGAUUUAAAUAUCAUAUUGUUUGAAACACUUAUCAAGAUUCAAGAUUGGCAGGGGUUAAAAAAUCAAUGUAUCAGAAUUUUGAAGAAUCUUUCUAGAGAUGAUUUUAAUCAUUGGAAAGGUUUAAUCAGUGCAUGCAUAAAUUUAAAGGAUGUGGAGUUUCUCUACAAGUUCAUUUCGGACUAUAAAGUUGGUCAAAAUUCUAAACUUGCUUUGGUUCAUUUGUCAUUUGAAUUGGGUAAUAACACCGAUUAUACAAACAUUGUCCCUUCACUUAACGAGGCGACAGAAAAAUAUUUUGAAUAUAUGGGUGAUAAACGCAGUGUGUUUAAUGAUUUAAGGGCAUAUAUGCUGAGCCCCCUUUUUGAUCGAACUAAAUGGCUUAAAUUCUUAGACCAGAUCGAAAUCAAAAAUUCUCAGCAGAAUUUGCCAGUUAAUGUUGAAAAAUUCAGAUUUUUAUUUAGACCUGAGAGUUAUAAUGUUGAUUCCUUGAUUCAACAUCAAGUUCAUCUGUAUAAUGAGUCUAAACAUUUUUUAAAGAAAAAAGAUGAUAAAGAUUAUCACUCAGGUGACGACUAUCUUCUUAUUGCAGCAUAUGCUAUUUUGGAAACUUCUAUUGAUUUUCAAUCAUUGACAAAGGCUGCAGUUUUAUUGGAACUAGCAUGUGAAAAUGAUAAGCAUCAGUUUUAUGUUAGACUAUGGCUUGUCGUUAUUUAUCAACUACUCGGUGCCUUCAAAAAAUCUUUCCACCAUUAUUCCGUUUUGAGAGUACAAAACCUCCAAGUUGACUCCAUGUCUCACUUUAUUAUAACACGCUCAAUGUCUUUUUUUCCAAACGAUAGCGUUUUGGUUAAAGCUAUUAAUACAUACCAAACGUUUAAUGAUGAAGUGGUUAAUGGGCUUUUAAAGGUAUACGAAAAUGAUGUUUACACCCAAUUGGAAAGUUUUUUUCAACUUCGCAAAGUUGUUGAUAAUAGUAUCACGAAAAGCAUCUUGGGGGUUCAAUUGAGUCAGCUUUCUCAUUACCCGCAUAAGACUUUUGAUCUAAGUUUUCUUAACUACACAGAUACAGCUAAACUUGAAGACAAUCGAGAUUUUGAUAUCAUGUGGGAUAUUCCACGACCAAAUACUCACAGACUUUCACAUAUCAUAAUGCCUGGCCCCCGAGUUGGACCUAAUUGGGUCAAAAUACAUGAAACCAAAAACGAAAUCAUUAAAAGUUUGAUUAAGACGGAUAGGCUUUCAGAAACUUCACUUUUACUAAAAGACCUUUUAAAUGAUAGAAAUACUUUGAUUGAAUUAACAGAAGCAGAAAUUUGGUCAUGCCAAGUUAUUUUAUCUCUUGCUGAAUCAGCUCUUAAUAAAUUGGAUCAUUCAGGAUACGAAAAGAUAUAUUUUACAUUGUCUUCAUUAAAAUUAGAUCUUCAACUUGGAUGGAAACUAGUUCAUACAUUGUUUCAGGCAUCAGAAAUUUCUCUCAUAAUCAAUGAAUAUGUUGUCAAUCUUCAUCGCCAUCGCAACCAAAUCAAAUAUGACAAUCAUCAAGCUGAAAACCUUAAAAAUAAUUUACUAGAACAAUUUGUUCCUUUGAUAAAGGAAACGGCUUUGAAAAUCAAAAACUCACGAAAUGAAAAGAGCCAAGCUGAUAUUGCGUUCUUAAAUGAUUGGCUUAAGGAUAAUAGAAUCGAUAUGAAUGGAGCUUUGAUAGAGUCUGUUGUAGAUAGUAUUUAUGCUUCUUUAGAUGAGUCUCUUACAUUGAUUAGAACGACCAAGUUUUAG